AUCCCAAUUUCAAAUUGCUCCAAGUCGCGAUCGCGCAAACUUUUUCACGGUUCAUUAGCAUUUGUACAGCAGGCUGAGCAUGCUGCUCACACUGGCCACCAUGACUGUGUCCUCGAUCUCUGGGAAGCCCUAAGUGACUCUCCCAUCAGUGCGGUCCUGUGAUCCGUUAACUCCUGGUCGAUAUACCCAACGAUUAACUCGAAUUGUCGAAAGUGGUACCAUUCUCGGACGAACCAUUUCAAUCUGUGGGCAAGGGAGUUGUUCAAGGCGAAAAAACUUGGGGAGAAAUCUCGAUUCAGAUGUGGGAGUUGUGCUUUGGUCUGCGAGAAUAUGGUGCAGUUCCAAGAUUUGUGGAUUGCACAAUAUUAUUCCGUUCCUUAUCUAUUCACACCAGUUCUCUCCUUCACUACCGCCCUGGUGCAUUCACCUUCCCCUGCAGAGCCCUCCCCACAUUUGACCGUCGCUUCGUGUUGGGUGGUGGACCAGGUUCAUACGUGGAGCAAAGUGGUGAGGGUCAGCCAAGAGUGGAGGAUGAACAGGAUGUGGUGAUUUAUAUAGAUGCGGAAGGGUUUGCGGAGAAGGUUGCUGUGUUUAAGGAACAGUGUGCUUCUGAUUCGGGGAUUGAUAUCGUUGAGUUCUUAUGGGAUGCCCCUGCUCGGUGUCUCCUGCGAUCAUUGGUUUUGCGUCUAUCCCCACUGCUUCUUACGGAUCCGUUUACCCCUUCCCUUUGUUCUUUCAGAUUCUCCAGUGGUUGGUUGCUUAGGGGUUGAGUUGGCCGUUCUCUUUCCUCUGUCAUGCACCGUGGUAAUAAUUCCCCCCCCCAUACAUGUCACCUCCCUCACGAGUUUAUGAUGGAUUGAGAAGAAGAUAUAUCUCAUUUUACUGAGUUUCAAUCCGUGAAUGUCGACGCUUAUCGCGUG